AAAAAAAAUAAACUGCGAGAUAAUAAAAGAUGAUAUAUUAAAUGUAUCUAAUUCUAUAAAUAAAUAAUGCGGUGUAGGAGAAUAAAAUAAAACGGGAGAAUAAGAAAGGGAAAGGGAAAAGACUUGUGCCAAGUGAGUUUAGUUUAGUUUAGUUUAAGUUAGCCAAUGUAAGCAUUACUUGCAUUAAAAUUUUUAAGAGCUCGCGGGAAGUAAAGAGCAGGCGCCAUUUUUACGUAUUUUGUUAAUUAAUUUUAUUUUUUAUUUAAUUGCGAAAAUAAUCUCUAAAGUUAUUGUCGGCUCGCAGACAGAAUUAUUGUGCGGCAAGCUAAGAAAGAAACAAGUCCCGGGUGGAGGGGAGACGUGACGUCAUCUCUAAUUCACCUUGUCGAGAAUCGAGAGAAUGAAAUGAAAGACUGAGCAGCUCUGUUCAGUUCUGGGACGUAUAGUUGACGUAAAGAUUUAAAUCUUUUUUGUACGUAGUGCCGGUGAUUGAAUAAUGUGACGCUUUAAUUAUAUUAGGUUGUUUUGUUUUUUUGUGAGUUUUUUGUGAAAAUGGAAUCGUGCUUUCCCCCUCUUAAGUCUUUGAGUCUAAGGGACUCCAAAAAGUGCAAAAAAAGACUAAGUGAUAAUAAUUCUUUUGGGGAUAAAUCGGAGGGUCAGGAGAAAUUUCAAGUCUUGCAGGAUUUGGAUUUGUAUUAUAUAAGACAGAUUGCUCAUAAUUUAAAGGAAUAUGAUUUGGAGCAAAAAAUCGAGGUGGAAAUAAAAAUGCGCGAAGGCUCGGCGCGACUUUUAGCCGCCGCGAGACACAGAGCCCAAAGUUUAGAAGCAGCACGUGCUCUUCUGACGUCCAAUGAACGUAUGUCUGCUUAUAUGGCGGAAUUGCAACGACGUAAAAAAGAUAUCAACAAAACAAGUGUCUCCGGUAGCGCAGCGCGAGUUUCUUUAUCGGAACUGCGCGUUCCACUGAUGUGGCGCGACUCGGACCAUUUUAAGAACCGCGGAGAUUACCGCAGAUUCGCGGUGUUUUGUUUGGCAAGAGUUGGAACUGAAAUACACGACACUGCACUUAUUUGUCCAGUUGAUCGCGCUCAAACUGACAUUACUUUCCCCGACGUGUUGCUCUUCAAUAACGUGCCAGCAGACUUCGAAUUGACUUUGGAAAUCUACAGCCAUAUUUUGCAAGAAGAUUUAAGCAUUGCGAGUACUCCUCGUCGGAUUAAACGGACUAUUCAUUCCUCGAUUUCUAAAACUGUUGGGAAAAAACUUGCCGCUUCGUUGAAAGAUGAAUUAAAUUCUGGUAAAUUGGGACCACAAUUUGAAUUGAUGGCGUCUGCUAAAUUAACUGUAGACGAUACUGAAGAAAACAUCCACACUCAUGAUUUAAUAAUCAAUAAUUUGGAAAACAAACACCACGCGCUGCCAUUAUUCGGUCACUUUUGCUGUCGACUCGCGGCGCAAUUAGACUGCAUGACAAAGGACGUCCACACGGGCACAAUCAGCAUAAACAACAAGAAAUGCUGGGCAAGACUGAGAAACUUUACGCUGAAUGCCUGGGAGUCUCGAAAACUGGCGGAAGACGAGCAGCCUCCGAUCCACAGUGUUCCGAUAAACCGCGAAACCGUGAUACAGAAGCCCUCGAGCUCGGGGAAAGAGAUCAGGGUGAGUAACAAUGUGGACGGCUGCGAGAAAACUACCAGUAUAAAGCUCGAGUCGACGGAGGAAGCCCAGAAGUGGCUCAGACACCUCACUGACCACGUUGAGGAUCACCUGAGGUGGAAACACGCCGCGGAAAGUGUACAGCAGGUGCCUUAUAUCGAGAGCACUAGGAACUCUUUUAUCAGCAAGAGGCAAGGCUCUCUUUAUGAUGAAACUCCGCUUAUUGAAACUGUGAGAACAGAUUAUUCAACGCGACCAACAGUACAACAAAUAUUCGGACUGACCCCUAGCACUAGCUUGAGCAGCUGCAGCAGCAACAGCCCCCCUAGUUUAAGAUCCCGUUCUUUGAGCACCAGUGGUACAACAAAACUAAGUGCCAGCACUCUCAAAUCUCAUUGGCCAUUUUCUAAUAAAAAUAAUUAAUUAUUUUUUAGAUGUAAAAAUAAUUAAUUAAUUUUAUAGAUAUAAAAAUAGAUUAAAUACUCAAAAAGUCUCGUGCAUUUUUUUACUUUUUUUUUGAGACUGAUCCAUUUUUACUCGGCUAGUUUAACAUAGCUUUAAAUUAAAUUUUACCACUGAUAGCCUCUGAGGAUAAAUUUGAUAAUUAAAAUCAAAAGUAUUUUUCCACCAUACGAAAAAUUAAUACCGAAUUUAUAAGAAAUUGUUUUUUUUUUUUUUUUUUU